AUGCGGUUCCUCGGCCCCAGCCACUGGGCGGCCCGGGUCUCCGGCCGUCUGCGGCCCACCGCCCUGCGCCUCGCCGCGCAGAGGCGGUGCCGAGAGGCGGCGCUGCUCUUCGCGGCGGCGGACUUCACCAGGUUCGCUCUCACUGCGGGCCAGGGCUUUUUUGCGGCCUGCUUAGUGGUACAAGCGCUGCCGCCGCUGGCCAAGUACUUCGUGCCCUUCAUCCCGUUCAACGCUUGCAUCAUGACAUCGCCCAUCAUGCUGAAGGCCUUGGGCCCCUUCCUGGGGCCGCCCGCCUCGCUGGGGGGCUGGGUGAUGGAGCUGGGGUCCAUCCUCCUGAAGCGGCAGCUGGCGCUGCUGCUGCUGGCGCUCGGCGCCCUGCCGCUGGGCCGCUUCCUCUGGCGGGCGCUGGAGCCCUCGCCGAAGCGGAAUGCCUCGGCAGAUGUGAAAGGCGUGCUACGGGAGUUGCUGCGCUUCGGUCUCUGCGGGGCCGUCGUGUGCCUGGGCGCGUGGGCCGUGCUGACGAUGAACGGCCGCCCCGUGCCGCAGUGGCUGCCGUUGAUGGCUUUGGUGGCUGUGCAGCCUCUCCAGGACUUGUUGGCCCGGCUGGGUUUCAUGCUGAAGCCGGGGCACGACGUCAAGGGCUUCGUGGGGGGCGCCAUGGUGACGGGCGAGCUCCAAGGCUUCCGGGGCACCAACGCGGAGAUCGCCACCGACGCCGGUGUAGUGCUGGUGCCAGCGGCCUGCGCCUGGGGCCUGGCGCGGGCGCCGAAGGUCCGGGCGCUGGAGACGGCCGCGGUGCCGGCGGAGCGCUUGGCAGCGGCCUUGGGCGAGGCCAAAAAGGCCUUGGACCCGCCGGCGGACAAGAAGAAGAAACUUCUGGCCCUGCCAGUGCUCUUUACAUUGGCGGCCUUGGUGACGAGGUUCCCCGUCGCUGGGAGUUUCCUUUAUGCUCUCGCCGUCAGUUUGUACCUUAGUGCUUUCGUGCUGCCACCGCCACUGGUGGUGAUUCUGCCGCUGGUGAUUCUUAUGUUUGGCGGGCCUGCCAGCUCAGUGAGUGCAAAGGGAAUGGCCUUGGGACUGGCCUUGAGCGCGAUCAAGCAAUUGGUGCAGAGACCCUCCGCCAAGGCUUCUGUCACCUGCAGCGCGCUCGACCUGGACCAGGGCCAAGCCACGCUGGCGUGGCAGACCGACCCUGAGGCUCAGGUGGCUGAAAAGGUGGCCGCGGCCGUCGCCGGCGAGAAGGCGAGUAGCAGCAUGGCGAAGUUUGAGAAGAAGCAAAAGGUGAAAGGCAUCCUGCUCAGUGCCCUGACGGUGGUGCUUUUGUGCGGGGUGGUGGCGUGGGAGCCAUUUGUCGAGCACGUGGAGGCUUCGACCAGCCAGAUGGGCGCGCGAUUGCUGAUAUUUGGGAUUUGCUCCGGCCUAUCGCUGCGCCUGAUGAACUUUGGGAUCAUUCCCAGCGGCGCGCGGUUUGUCUUGCCGGCUCCGCUGGCUGCCCUGAGCGCAGGGCCAAGCAAGGCCGCUCACUGGUUCCUGGCGGUGAACACUCGGGCCGCCGCAGCGGGCGCCGCGGCCGGGUUCCUGCUGCCGCGGGUGGGCCUCCUGCAGAAGCUGGUCUACCAUUUCCAGAUCGUGGGGCAGGUGGCGUGGGUGGACGCCUGGGCCCUUCAGAUGUCCAGCGCCUUCCUGGGAUCCGUGCUCAGUGUCCAGGCAGCUCGUGCGUUGAAUCGCCAGCUGCCCUUCCGCUGCAGCAAUGCAUUCUUUGGCAUCCUGGUGGCGAUUCUCCGCGCCAGUUUGGUGGGUCUGGGUGGUGGCCUGGUGCUGCGCUGCGUGCUGCUGGCGGCCGGUGCUCCGGGCCCCUCCAGCGUGGGGGUGGCAGGGCCCGCGGCCACCAGCGCCCUCUUCGGCCUGGCUGCGGCGCUGCUGGCGCUGCCUUGGCUGCUGCUGCGGGACUGGCGCUGCCGCCUUUUGGCUGCGCGCGGGACUGCCGCCUUCUGGCUCCGAGCCCGCGAGGGCAACGCCAUGCAGCCGGCGCGGCUGCUCAAGUUCCGUGGGCGCAAAGCGCUGCUUCGCGUGGAUGGUGAGGAAGUGGAGGUGCCAGCUUCGGAGCUGGCGGGCGCGGCGCGGCAUCUGCUGCGCCCGGUGCGGUGCAGCAUCCCCGUCAGCCCCAAGCAGGCGGAGGCGGUGGCGAAGGCACUGAGAGCUGCACUCAAGCAGCACAGCGAGCUCCUGUCGAGGCAGCCGCUUCAGCCCUUGGUCCAUGUCAGUCCAGACAAGGAGUCCAUUCAGGUGCUUGGCUUUCUGGACCGGUCUGCGCCACCAGACAAGGCCAGCGCAAUCCGCUCAGAGCUCCUGUUGGCGGCAGGAGCCUCAGGAAGCCUGGAGGUGAUGGAUGCCUACAGCCAGGAGACGUGGCCGUGUUUCCUUUUGAAUGAGUAUGCCUACAGUUCAACCACUGUCACAGCCUCCGUGCCCUGGUCUGUGCGCCUUCGGCGCCGGUGGUGGAUCGCGGCGGAGGCAUUUACCCAGAUGCUGAUCAACAUGCGCAAGGAGUUUGUCGGCGGCAAGCCCUACAUGCAGGGCUUGCUUCGCUUGCUGGAAGAUCCGCCGAAGGGGCAGAAGCCCUUCACCGGCGGCGACCACCUGGUCUUCGACGACUUUGCGGCGGCGCUGCUGCACGACUCACAUGAAGCCUUGCAGCCAAAGACUGGCUUGCACCUGGAGGAUAGACUCCGCCUGGGCAGCUUGCUGCAAAGGCUUGAGGGCUUCGUCACCAGCGAGACCUACGCCCUGGAUCCAGCCGACGAUUGGACCAAGCAACCAGAGGCCUACGGCCAGAGUUGCCGGGCUGCCGAGGCGGCAGUGUCCGGCAGGAGCACUGAGCUUCCCUUCGGCGGCUUUGAAGCACGAAGGCAUCUGCUUUUCGUGGGCCCUUGCCUCAGCCUGCCGCUGGCGCUGUACUGCAGCGACUGCCCGCACUUGUACCAGGUCUUGCAACGCAUGCGGAAGCUGGCGGAGGAUGCGACCCACACGGCGCACACGCUGCAAAGCAAGCUGGACCAUGAUGGCAGGCCCUACUCGGUGUUGGCAUACGCCUUGAUGGCGGCACUGCAGGCCUUGGACACCGUGCGAAGCAGCCCAGGUCUUGAACCGCUGGCGCCCAAAGGCACGGCGCUGAUCUUCCGUGGCUUAUGGGUGCCGGAGGCAGUGGAUGAGCACUGGGGCGAGCAUAGCUGGUCCUUCAACUCGUUCUCUCGAAGUAUUGACGGGGUGCUCUCUGUGCUUGGAUUCUAUGCGAGCGCAGCUGGAAGCAAGGCGCAGGAAGUGGCUGCCAAGGAUGCGCACAUUCUGAUCCUGGUGGCGCGGCUGAGUAGCCGCUGGGCCUUCCCCGUGCAGUUCUUUGCUGGCGGCGAGAAUGCCUUCCCGGCCAGCAUUGAGCAGGAGGUCCUGGUGCCGCCCUUCUGCAAGUACCACUUGGAGCCGGGCACGGAGGUCAGCAGCUUGAAGGAUGAGCAAAGGAUCCAGACGCUGGAACAGCGCUGGGGCAUGUCGCUGGCAAAGGGCAGCCACGUGGGGGUUUGGCCCUUGGACGAGCACAACGCCAAGCUCCUGGAUGAGGGCUUUGUGUAUGACCUGGUGGCGGUGGGGGCGGGGGCCGGGGGUCUGGUGAGCGCCAAGCAAAGCGCGCGCCGGGGCUGCAAGAGCGCGCUCAUCGAGCAGCACCUGGCGGGGGGAGACUGCCUUAAUGUCGGCUGCGUGCCCUCCAAGGCGCUGCUUCGCUGCGCACGCGCGGUGGCGGAGCUGCGGAGGAUGGACUUGGGCCUCACGGCCACGGCGAAGGUCGACUUUGGACAGGUCAUGGCCCGCAUGAGACGGCUGCGCGCCGAGAUCGCCCCGGUGGAUUCCCACGAGACCUCCAAGCAGGCGGGGGUGGACGUCUACAUGGGCACGGCCAGCUUCGUGGGGAAGAACGAGAUCUCCGUGGCGGGGCGGCGCCUCUUCUUCCGGAAGGCGGUGAUCGCCACCGGGGGCCGCGCCAAGGUGCCGCCCAUCAAGGGGCUGGACCAGGUGCGGUUUCUGAGCAACGCCACGCUCUUCAACCUGACGGAGCUGCCGAAGCGCUUCUGCGUGCUGGGCGCGGGGCCCAUCAGCCUGGAGAUGGCGCAGGCCUUCCGGCGCUUCGGUAGCGAGGUGACGGUGCUGGAGGUGGCGCCGGAAAUCUUGGGAGCAGAAGAUGACGACGCCGCCCUGCUGAUUCGCAAGGUCUUCGACGAGGAAGGCAUCACAAUCUACACCAAGUGCCAGAUCUCCUCAGUGUCGCAGACCGGCGCGGAGAUCCACUUGAGCAUCUCCGUGCAGGGCCAGGAGAAGACCAUCACUUGCGACGAGCUGCUGGUUGCUGCCGGCCGGGCGGCCAACGUUGAGGGCCUUGGGCUGGAGGCUGCAGGCGUGGAGUUUUCACCCAAUGGCGUGAAGGUGAAUGAUGACCUGACGACAACCAACCCGGAUAUCCUGGCCAUUGGCGAUGUCAUCGAGCGGGCCGACACCAGGUUUACGCACAUGUCAGGGACCAUGGCUGGAAUGGCGGUGCAAAAUGCCAUCUUCCCCCAUGAAGGAUUGCCAGUGAAUGCUCCUUCUUCCAAGCUGUCGGAAGUCGUCGUGCCGCGCUGCACCUACACCGAGCCUGAAGUCGCUUCCUGCGGGGUGUCGAAUGAGAAGCUUGCCAGUCGUCAGGGCGUAGAGGUGGAGGUGUACAAAGCCAGCAUUGAGCACAAUGAUCGGGCAAUCCUGGAAGGAUGCAAGGAAGGCUACGUGAAGAUUCUGUGCCGUCGAGGAAGCGAAGAGAUUGUGGGCGCAACCAUCGUGGCGGAACAUGCCGGAGAAAUGCUGGCGGAACUCACACUGGCCGUCCAGCAUCGUCUUGGCAUUUCACAAAUCGCCAGGACCGUGCACCCGUACCCCACGCUGGGGGAGGCCGUGCAGCAAUGUGCCUUGAACUACAACCGCGCGAGAUGGGCGAAGAAGCAGAAGACGGAGGCGCACCAGAAAGGCUUCCUGACCUUGCAGCAGCCAGCGAGAAUCACCAUCCGGUUCAUCCGCGAGAUUGAGCCCGCCUAUCAAGUCAGAGAGCUUUUGGCCGCGCACGGUUCUGACUGCAGCAGCGCCAUGCGGAAGCGACUGUUGGAAUGGCUGCGCAAGGUGCGGGAGGCGUCACCUGGGCGGUUUCCAGAGGGGGCCCCGCAUGUUCGUUCCAUGACUCGUGGGCUGAAUCCGCCGGACCGGGGCGGGGAGUUUGCAGCCGCCAAGCUGUGA